AUGUCAGGAACUAGAAAGAAGGCUCUUCUCAAAGUUAUCAUUCUCGGAGAUUCUGGAGUCGGAAAGACUUCUCUUAUGAAUCAAUAUGUCAACCGGAGAUUCAGUAACCAGUACAAGGCUACGAUCGGAGCCGAUUUCUUGACUCGUGAUGUCAACAUCGACGACCGAACCGUCACUCUUCAGAUUUGGGACACCGCCGGUCAGGAACGUUUCCAAUCCCUUGGAGUCGCUUUUUAUCGUGGUGCCGAUUGCUGCGUCCUCGCAUUCGACGUCACCAAUGCCGCCUCAUUCAAGUCUCUGGAUUCGUGGCGCGACGAGUUCCUCAUCCAGGCUAGCCCUCGUGAUCCAGACCACUUUCCAUUUGUGUUGUUGGGAAACAAGGUGGAUUUGGAGAGCCAGAGAGCGGUUUCUUCGAAGCGUGCUCAAUCUUGGUGCCAGACGAAAGGAAACAUUCCAUACUACGAGGUUUCUGCCAAGGAGGCGUUGAACGUGGAGGCUGCUUUCUUGGCGAUCGCUCGUGACGCGUUGGCGAGAGAGUCCCAGGAAACCAACGACUUCCCAGAGUUCCCAGACCAGAUUCGUCUCAAUCCAAACCAGCAAAACCAGCAAAACUCGGGAUGCAACUGCUGA